AUGCACAUACUUUCGCUUCGCAACUUUUUGCUACUUUGUAGUUUUGCCUUCAUUUUCGCUCAAGGUCUUACUAUCCCUAAUGGACACCGCGAGAGCCUGGCGCUCCCAGGGGACGAAUCCUCCGACGAUGUCUUCCAUGAUGUGCUGCUAGAGGACAGAUCCCCGAAGGGACCAAAACCAAAGCCUAAGCCGAAACCAGCUCCAGCUCCAGCUCCCCAGCCAAAGCCAAAGCCGUCUCCCAAACCCAGCCCGAAACCCUCCCCAAAGCCGUCGCCGAAGCCGUCGCCGAAGCCAUCGCCGAAGCCGUCUCCAAAGCCUUCUCCAAAACCGAGCCCAAAACCCUCCCCCGUCAAAUUCCCCUCGCCGUCGGUCCCAUAUCCCACAACCAAUUUCGACACUUGCAACCUCUUCCUAUCAUGCGACGAAGAAGAAGCCGAGGGUCCUAUUGUCGCCAGGGAUCAUGUCGUCGAGUUCGGCAUUGCACGCGCACCUGAACCCACAACGCCCCCAGAGCUUGAGCAUGGAAUUGACAAGCGGGAUAUCCGAACUUUCAAGCCUAAGAUUGGUGCAGGUCAGGUUAUGACUAUCAAGAACUUAGACUACCCAGGUGCUCCCCAUCUCUACGAAGGUCCAAAAGGGAAGAAACUGCAGAAACAUAUAAUGAUGUUCAAAUCAAAGGAUAUCGACGACUUGACAGUGGUAGAUUUCAAAGGAGCUCUGCCAAAUUACAAAGCAUUUGCUACCGAACACAUUGUAGAACUACAAACCGUCGGUGCUUUCCUCGAAUACGCCGCAACGAAGGACUCGACCCUGACCUCUUUCUUCCAAAACUUCUGGAAGAAGCAGCUUGACCAAGCAAAGGUGUCCAACAGACCGAACAAACCUACUGGCACCGGCUUUAAGAACCAAGCCACUCUCAAUGACUUGGUCUUCCAGGGUCUAGGCUCGGAUACCAAUCGCGAAGACUUUGUCCUCUGCGACCGCACGAUCAAUACGUACAAGGCACGAGUUUGGGCGAAGAAGAAGCCAAUGGCCAUCAAAAAGUACGACGACUUGGUUGCAGAAAACAUCAGAGGGGCUCUUCCAUCGAAUGAGUACUUCAGCGCUCUUCGCAAUGUCAUUGGGGUCUUCAAUUACAUGAAAGACCCAGCAGUAACAGCACGCAUGAAACAAGCUAUCAAAAACGUCGAAACGGAGCUCAAGAACGCAGAGCACCUAACUCAGCAAAAAGUCAAGCUCGCUCCCCUGUGGAAAACCUUCAUGAGAGAACACCUCAACAAGGUACGCUUUGAGGCGCAGACAUACAUGAACGCACGCAUCGGGCACGCAGAGACGGAGAUCCGGGACGAAAUAAAGCGGCUGCGGCUCCUGGAAAAGAGUCUUCUGCGACAAGAAAAGGGUCCAAAAGCAGCGACGCACAAAGCCACGCAGGCAAAGAAGGAGAAAGACCUGAAGGCCAAGCUCACCCCCGCGCUACAAGCAGAGAAGACGCAGCAGACGAAAGUAACCACGCUCGAAAAGCAGAAGGAAAUCCUCAUGGGACGGCUCGCUGGAGAGACGAAUGCGCAGAAGAAGAAGACGCUCAGCACGCAGAAUAAGGCCAAGGGGAAGGAGCUUACCACCGCGAGGGCGCAGCUGCAGACCAAGACCAAGCAGGUUGGCCUUACGAGGAGGAAGCUAGCUGAGCUGUAUUCGGGCGGAGUGCAAAAUGUUGUCAAGAAUUUCCAGAAGGAUCAGAGGCGUUUGGCGGCGUACAAGAAGGUUGUGGCCACGAUGAAGAUGCCGGCGGUGGCGUAA